CUCCCCGGACUCAGCGUCUCUUCAGAUUCCGAGGAUGGGGGUCGCGGCUCCCAGAAUCCUCCUCCUGCUGCUCUUGGGGGCCCUAGUCCUGACCGAGACCUGUGCGGGCUCCCACUCCCUGCGGUAUUUCUCCACGGCUGUGUCCCGUCCCGGCCGGGGGGCGCCCCAGUACAUCGCCGUUGGCUACGUGGACGACACACAGUUCGUGCGGUUCGACAGCGACACGGAGAAUCCGAGGAUGGAGGCGUGGGCGCCGUGGGCGGAGCGGGAGGGGCCGGAGUAUUGGGACGAGGAGACACAGCGCGUCAAGGGCCACGCACAGGUUAACCGAGUGUGCGUGGACAUCCUCCGCGGCCGCUACAACCAGAGCGAGGGCGGGUCUCACACUAUACAGUGGAUGUACGGCUGCGACGUGGGGCCAGACGGGCGCCUCCUCCGCGGGUACUGGCAGGAAGCCUACGACGGCGCCGACCAUCUCACCCUGAACGAGGACCUGCGCUCCUGGACCGCGGCGGACCCGGUAGCUCAGAUUGCCAAGCGCGAUUUGGAGGCGAGGCGUGACGCCGAGUACUGGAGGGCCUACCUGGAGGGCAGGUGCGUGGAGUCGCUCCGCAGACACCUGGAGUACGGGAAGGACACGCUGCAGCGCGCGGAUCCGCCAAAGACUCGUGUGACCCACCACCUCACCUCUGACUAUGAGGCCACCCUGAGGUGCUGGGCCCUGGGCUUCUACCCUGCGGUGAUCACACUGACCUGGCAGCGGGAUGGGGAGGACCAGACCCAGGACAUGGAGCUUGUAGAGACCAGGCCUUCCGGGGACAACAGAACCUUCCAGAAGUGGGCAGCUGUGGUGGUGCCUUCUGGAGAGGAGCACAGAUAUACGUGCCAUGUGCAGCAUGAGGGACUGGGGGAGCCCCUCACCCUAAGAUGGGAGCCAUCUUCCCAGCCCAGCACCCCUGUGGUGGGCAUCAUUGCUGGCCUGGUUCUCCUUGGAACUGUGCUCACUGGAGCUGUGGUUGCCACUGUGAUGUGGAGGAAGAAGAGCUCAGGUGGAAAAGGAAGGAGCUACACUCAGGCUACAAGCAGCGACAGGGCCCAGGGAUCAGAUGUGUCUCUCACAGCUUAUAAAGCCUGAGACAGUUGCCUUGUGUGGGACUAUGUGUUCACGCCUCCCUUUUGUGACUUCAAGAGCCUCUGAGUUCUGCAAAUCCUUCUGAAUGACUCUGCAUCCUUGUUUGCCUGA